CUCGUUUACGCGAGUUUACGGGAGUUUAGUGUUGUGAUUGAGUGUUGGAGGCAUGGAGGCGAUACUGAACUGCAGAAAGGAGGAUUUGGAGGAUUAUUACGGGCUGCUCGGUUGCGAUGAAUUGUCAACGACUGAACAGAUUGUCAAUGAGUUUAAAGUGAGAGCUCUAGCCUGCCAUCCUGACAAACACCCAGAGAACCCCAAAGCAGUGGAGGAGUUCCAGAAGUUACAGGAAGCUAAAGAGGUUCUCACAGAUGAGAAUAAAAGAAAGAAUUAUGAUCUCUGGCUCAGAAGUCAAAUUACAAUCCCGUUCAGCGAAUGGCGAGCGCUCAGUGACUCUGUUAAAACGUCAAUGCAUUGGGCCGUGAGGACCAAGAAGGAGCCAAUGCUUGAGGCUGCAAAAGAUACAGAUCCGGUGAACGUGAAUCGAGUGAAAGUGUCAGACGGCGAAACCGCAGCGGAGGAUAAACCGCCCGAACUCUCACUGCCAUCCAGUGAUUAUUGGCAUCACAGGUUUCGCUGGGCCGGUGAAGCUCCCUCAGGCCUUUUACAGAAGUUCAGGAACUAUGAAAUAUAAAUGCAUAUUUUCUGUUGUUCUAUGCUUUUGUGUGUAAGUGCAUAUAUUCCAUAUAUAGAGUUAUAAAUCAGAAAUGACCAAUUGUUUACUUGGUUUUACCAUUUAUGGCAUAACAUUGACUUUGCCUGUUUUUUUGUUUUAUUGGAUGCUUAUGUAUGUUGACAUAAAUGUCUAGCAGUGAUGCUUCAUAUGCCUUAAAUAUCCAAUCAGCAUUAUUUUCCUGAAAUAUGAGCAAAACGUUUUCAAGCCAGCAGAUUUGCACAAGAAAUGAUUAUGAAGUUUAUUUUAAUUAAUAUAAUGAGCCAUUAAUAAUUUAUUUAAUAAAUAUAUCAUUAAAUACUACUACUACUACUACUAAUAAAAUAACAUUAAAUAGUCUAUAUUAAUAUUACUUGCAUAACUACAUAAGCCAGGAGUGUCUUAAAAAUAUCACUUUUGUAUUCAUCAUUUUAUUUAUUAUCAGGAAAAAAAGUGAAAAGUGUUUAUGAUAUAUGUUGUGCAGUCAGCAUUUUGAGGCAAAUUUGUGUGUUUUUGUAAAAGUAUGUGCAUCUGUGGCCAUUUCAAGUGUGUUUCUGGUUGUGUGUGUUGUGCAUUGUGCUUAAUUGUCAGCCAAUGUUGCAUAAAUAAAACAACCUGUCAUGCACUAGGACAAAAAUAUUGAAGUCAUUAUUAUU